UUAAAAAAGACAAGAAUUAAAUUCCUUCCGCUCUAUGCAGCUAUUGUUGGUUGCCAGUUUUAAUUCUCAUUCUAAUUAAUAUGACUACACAAUAACCGCAUGCGAAGUUGAGGCAAAUUUAAUUCUUUUGUUGUUCUUCAAACUGCCAUGAACUACAAAUCAGAAGGAAGAAAUUCUUGAUAACUAUUGAAAAAUAAGAUAUGAAUUGGUUGUAGAAGAUCAUUGACGACUCUUUCUUGACUUCUCCCCCACUUUGAUUCAAGUCUUCUUGGUGUAACUGGUCGGUGGGACCUUUCAAAUUAUAACAACUCAAUAAAACUGACCCAUGGUACAAGAUGCAACCUGAGAAUUGACACGUUAACCGAAACCGCCUUGUUUAGGUAAUGAGUUUAUUGGAUCCCAUUAGUCUCAGACCGGUUCAUGACAGCGCAGCCAAUUUAUAUGUGCUCAGUUGUUCUGAACAAAGGCUCAACGUUCUGCCUCUGCAAACCCCCAACGACCACAUGCUCACAUUAAUGGCCAACAUCUUGCUCUGCUCCAUCAAACUGACCUUAAAUAUGUUUAGGUUAAUUGUUCUUGUCUCAUGUAAAGAAGAAGCUCAAAUGUUUAGAAGAGUGUGGGUUCCGAGAUAGAAUGCACAAAUGGUGGAAGAAAAUAUGGAAGGAAGAUCCCUGGCUGAAACCCCCACUUGGGCAGUUGCAACCGUCAUCACUCUAUUGGUCACUACAAGUUUCUUGUCUCACGUCUCAUUGAAAAAAAUUAUAAAGUGGUUGAACAGAACCAAGAGAAAAUCUCUGCUUGCCGCAAUGGAAAAGAUCAAAGAAGAGCUUAUGCUUUUUGGGUUGCUUUCAUUGCUGAUGGGUCAUUGGACUAUUUUUGUGGCAAAGAUUUGUGUCAAGUCUUCAGUUUUAAGCAGCAAAUUUUUCCCGUGUGCUGUGGAAGGCAAUUCAUCAAUCCGUUCAAGUUUAGAGCAUCAUAAUAUGACAGUUUUCAACGAGCAUGGGAACUCUGGGCUGCAUGAUUAUUGCCCUGAGGGUCACGAGUCAUUUGCUUCUUAUCACAGCCUUGAACAGCUUCAUCGUUUCAUAUUUGUCCUGGGGAUUACUCAUGUUUCCUACAGUUUUGUCGCUAUUGCCUUGGCCAUGAUUAAGAUAUAUAGCUGGAGAGCAUGGGAAAGUGAAGCAAAGACAAUGGCUAUGCAGAGUUUACAAGAUCCUUCGCAAGUCACAUCAAAUGUAAGAUUUAGACGGCUUUCUACGUUCAUUGUUCACCAGGCGUCCCAUCCCUGGAGUCAGCACAAAGUUCUUGUUUGGCUGCUUUGCUUCAGCCGCCAAUUCUGGAGUUCCAUCAACCGAGCUGAUUACAUGGCAUUGCGCUUAGGUUUUGUUACAACUCAUCAGCUUCCCCUGACGUAUGAUUUCCACAACUACAUUCUUCGAAGCAUGGAUGAUGAGUUCCGUGACAUUGUUGGUGUUAGCGUGCCUCUCUGGAUAUAUGCCAUUUGUUGCAUUUUCCUAGAUUUUCAUGGAAGCCACUUCUACUUUUGGCUUUCUUUCAUUCCAACAAUUUUGCUCCUGGUAAUUGGUACUAAACUGCAUCGGGUGGUGGUAAAGCUGGCUGUGGAGAUAAUGGACCGUUGCCCAUAUAUGAAGCACACUCAAUUCAACUUACGAGAUGAGCUCUUCUGGUUUGGGAAGCCAAGGCUUCUUCUGUGGUUAAUUCAGCUCAUAUCCUUCCUGAAUGCAUUUGAAAUGGCAUCAUUCAUAUGGUCCCUUUGGGAAAUCAGAGAACCUUCUUGUUUCAUGGACAGUCGAACCUUGGUUGUAAUCCGCUUGUCAUUUGGGGUCAUCUCCCAAAUCUGGUGCAGCUUCAUAACGUUUCCUCUGUAUGUUAUCGUCACGCAGAUGGGGUCGCGGUUCAAGAAGUCUGUGAUAUCUGAGAAUGUGAGAAAAUCACUCUCAAAAUGGAAGAAGAGAGUGAAGAGCAGACAAAGUCCUUCUGCCUCGCUCCUUGGCGCGACAACAACAUCAGUGACAACGUUGUCCGAUUUGAUGACGUCCGAGAUGGUGAACUCAAAUUACAAUGCAAUAAACAGUGAUGAAGGAAGCUCCUCGGGAACUAAGGAGUCUGGUCUCUCGCAUGAUCUUGAUGAUUACUCGGAUACCCAUAUACAUUACGAUUCUUCUCCUUCGCUGACUUUGAGAAUUUGAGAUUCCUUCUCAUGAAUACGUGCAGCCAACCAUUUGCUUAAGGAAAAUUCAAGGAGGAAAGGGAAUAUCAGAGAGAAAUAUCUAUCUUUUGCUUGGUACACUAUGAUUAAAAGUUCAAUGAGUUAUUGGUGCUUCUCUUCAGUAAUGGAAA